CAGGACAGCUGGCAGCUGCGCUGGCCGCAGCACAAGCGCUCCACAAUCCUGGGAACAAGGAGGUAUCGAGGAAGAUCGCAGCCCUCUUGGAGCAGUGUCCAAACCUGACAGAUGAUGCGUUGACGUCACUUCGGACUUUGCAGUCGGAUGAGGUCAUCCAGGUCUUGACCACCUUGGUCAGCAGGAGAAUGGAUAUCAAAGAUGCAUCUACGUGGGUCAUUCAAGUGAUCAGUGGGAUGAACGGCAGCAUGCCUGGUGGCAAUAGCGGGGGCAGCACCAGUGGCAGUGGCGGUGGUGGCGGCGGUGGCGGCGGCGGUAGCGGCGGCAGCAGCGGCGGCGGCGGCGGAGGAAGCACUUCCCAGGGAACGGCCACGAACUCGGCCGUGGUGAAGGAGAUGCUGGAAAGGCAUUUGCCAAAUCUUGCAGUUCCAGCCAAGUAUGUCUUGCUGCAGAACAGUGAGGCGGACGCCAUCAAGAUCAUUCAAGACCAUGCGAGCUUCAGUGGAGAUGCAUCAGAUUCCGUGUGUCAGGCUGCUAACCUUGCGCUACAAGGUGCAUGCAAUAUGCAGUUGUACCCCAUGGGCAUGGAUGCCUUCAGCAUGAUGAACCAGAUGGGCUGUGGCAUGAUGGGCAUGAUGGGCAUGAUGGACAUGAUGCCUGGAUGCUUUGGCGGAAUGAUGCCGGGGCAAAUGAUGUCCAUGGGAGGAUGCUCAGGAUGUGGUAUGAUGGGGUGCGGUGGCUGUGGAGGCAACAUGUGUGGCGCCGCUGCCAACACUGGAAAUGCCGCCACCACUGACAACUCAAAUGCCAUAACUGCCGCAACUGCUGAGCCAGAGAGCACUGCGAUUCCUAUGCUAGCAAGUCCCUAUGUUAUCCCAGCUGGGGUGCAGCUGGUGUCUGAAAAUGAGGAGCUGCUGGACGAGCUACGCUCUCUUCAGAUCGAUGAGAAGGUCUUUCAAGAGGUUCUGAAGCUUCCAGCACAGGAGGCUAAGUUCCACUUGCAGAAAGUGCAACAGAGGGGCGAGGAGGUUCGGAACGUGUCUGCGUACUUGACCAAAGUUACUGCCAACUUCUGGGCGCAGGGCCCUCGAGUGCCCCUCACGGAGGACGUUGCCGAGUGGGCGCCUGAAAUCUCAGAAGGGCUUUCCAGGCCUGAAGAAGGGCAACCUUUGCCGGUGCAGCCAGAGCCUGCAACACCAGAUGAAGGUCCUUCUUCGUUGAUGGGUGUAGCUCCUUUGUCGAAGGCGGAUGCCUUUCGGCAAGCGGAUGAGCCUGAGGACAAUUCUUCGGCUUCCGGGAUGUCCAGCUUCGUGUCCUGGACUGCACCUGCGCUUCGAUCCUGAAAGGGAUGCGGCCGGGCAUGGCGAGUGAGUGAGAAAGGCGUGGAGGUGGCUCACCGUCAGAACCUGCCCUCGUUCAA